AUGCCCGACAUUCGCUCGUUUUUUGGCCCCAAGGGAGGCGCUGCCCCGGCUGCCCCGAAGCCAGCACCAAAAAAGACCGAGGAUGAAUCCUCAAAACGUCGAGGCAAGGGUCGCAAGGUCAUCGAAGAUGACAGUGACGAUGAGGUUAUAGAGACCAAGAAGCCGGCCACGCGAAGCACGCCCCGGAAGAAGGCAGCAGAGAAAGAGCCUCAGGGCACAGCCACUACAGCAAGCGAAUAUUUUUCUUCGGGAAAAUCUAAACCCAAGCCUGCCACCAAGACCGAACCCAAGUCACCAGCUGCAACCAAGUUGGAAGUGCGAUCCAGUCCAAGAACCUCCAAGAAACCGGCAGCUCCCGCCAAGCCAGAGCCGGCACCUGCGAGGAACGGAGCAGCAGGUGCAAAGAAACGAUCCACAACUACGCUGCAGAAGUACGACCUAGAUGACGAUGACGACGCAUUCGUAGAUGGCGAUGAAGACGCUGGUGAUGACAUAUUCGCCGCCGAUGCCCGAAGCCGCAACAAGAGAAAGAACGAUGAUUACGUUGAGGAGGAGAGCGAGGAAGAGUUUCUCCCCAAACCGAAACGUAUUGCUUCGCGGGGAAAGCCUCUGCCCGAUGACGAUGAUGACGAUGACGACAAGCCUGUUGCUCCCAAGUCCACCAAGAACGCGAAAUCUGCAGGCGCUGGCAAGAAGAGAAAGACGCCGGAGGCUGAAUCUGAUGAGGAUGAGAUACCCGUGUCACGCAAGAAGCCGGCUCCUAAGAAGCCCAGAGCACCGCCGAAAUCUAAGAAGACCGAUGAGCCUGAAGACACCUCUAUCCAAGCCAUCUUGGAUGACAUCCCUACCGUCAGACCGCCAUCACCCCCGGCGAAGGAUCCCGAUGCUCCAAAGUUUGAUUGGAGAAAGGCACAAGCUGGCGGAGGCAACUCCGGGCCUCCUCCUAACCCGACGGCUGAGCUGCCAGAAGGCGAAGAAGACUGCCUGGCUGGUCUGACCUUCGUCUUCACCGGGCAGUUGCAAACGAUUGCUCGUGAGGAUGCCCAGGCUCUGGUGAAGCGCUACGGCGGCAAAAUCACUGGUGCUCCAAGCAGCAAGACCAGCUACGUCGUACUUGGAGGCGAUGCGGGACCCAGCAAAUUGGCCAAAAUCCGCGACCACGGCAUCAAGACCAUCGAUGAGAAUGGCUUGUUUGAGCUCAUUCGUCGUCUCCCUGCUAGUGGUGGCAGCGGCAAGGGUGCUGAGAAGCUGCGGGAGAAGCGCAAGGCGGAAGAGGAGAAGAUCAAGAAGGAGGCUGCCGAGAUGGAAAAAGAAGAGAAGGCUCGAAAGCUGGAAGCCGAGAAAGCUCGCAAACUGGCGGCUGCUCGAGGUGCAACCGGACCAACCCCCGCCGCGGCAGCUCCUACCUCGCAGCUCUGGACUGUGAAAUACGCACCAACCCAGGCAAGCCACAUCUGCGGAAACAAGGCUGCUGUGGAGAAGAUCCAGAAUUGGUUGAAGAACUGGUCAAAGUCACGCAGAUACGAUUUUCAGAAACGCGGUGCAGAUGGUAUGGGCGGAUACCGUGCCAUCAUUAUAUCAGGGCCACCAGGCAUCGGCAAGACCACCGCAGCACAUCUUGCAGCGAAGCUGGAAGGCUGGGAUAUCUUGGAACAAAAUGCCAGUGACGCUCGAAGCAAGAAAAUGGUGGAAUCUGGUGUUAGUGAAGUCAUGAAUAAUACCUCACUCGCUGGAUACUUCGCCGGUGACGGGAAAAAGGUUGACACCACCAAAAAGAAGCUUGUCCUCAUCAUGGAUGAGGUUGAUGGCAUGUCGGCAGGUGAUCGCGGAGGCGUUGGUGCUCUCGCCAAGUUUUGCAAGAAGACCGAGGUCCCGCUGAUCCUCAUCUGCAACGAACGCAGACUCCCUAAGAUGAAACCUUUCGACUUCGUCGCUGCUGACGUCAAGUUCCAGCGGCCGACUGUUGACCAGAUUCGAUCGCGCAUGAUGACAGUCUGUCACAGGGAGGGUAUGAAACUAUCGCCGCAAGUCCUCGAGGCUCUCAUCGAGGGCAGCAACAGGGACAUCCGACAGAUCAUCAACAUGCUUUCCACCAUCAAGCUGGACCAGGCUGCCAUGGACUACGAUUCGAGUAAGAACAUGUCCAAGGCGUGGGAGAAGUCCAUCGUCCUCAAGCCUUGGGAUAUCUGUCAGAAGAUGCUCGCGGGCGGUCUUUUCUCCCAGGCCAGCAAGGCAACCCUGAAUGACAAGAUCGAGCUAUACUUCAAUGAUCAUGAAUUCAGCUAUCUCAUGAUCCAGGAGAACUAUCUUCGAACGAAGCCGGCAGCAUUGAAUGCGAACCAUUACAAUAAGCGGGAACAAAAUCUCAAAGCUCUGGAGCUUGCCGACCAAGCAGCUGAAAGUAUCAGCGACGGCGAUCUGGUAGACCGCAUGAUUCAUGGCCCUCAGCAACAAUGGAGCUUGAUGCCUACCCACGCAAUCUUCAGUACUGUUCGGCCCUCGAGCUUCGUAGCUGGGCAGCUCCUUGGAUCCAACUUUACAUCUUGGCUGGGCAAUAACAGCAAAUACGGCAAGUUGGGCAGGUACAUUCGUGAGAUUCAUUCGCACAUGCGACUGCGUUCUUCAGGAGACGCGAACGAAAUCCGCCAGCAAUAUCUGCCAGUGCUCUGGAACCAGACCGUGAAGCGCUUGGCCGUCGAAGGCAAGGAGUCAGUUGACGAUGUUAUCGAUCUCAUGGACAGCUACUUCCUCACACGAGAGGACUUCGAUUCCAUUAAGGAGCUUGGUGUUGGUCCGCAGAACGAAGAACUGGUCAGUAUCGAGACUCAAACCAAGUCAACUUUCACCAGACUUUACAACGCGAAAACACAUCCAAUCCCCUUCAUGAAGGCAAGCAAUGUUGGCCCCGCUCCGAAGAAGGCUGCCAAAGACGUACCGGAUCUCGAGGAGGCAAUUGAGGAAGAGGAUGAGGGCGAGGCCGUUGAAGCCGCCGAGGCAGUUGAGGAUGAAGACGAUAUCAAGGGCGAUAAGUACAUCAAGCAGCCGAAAGCAAAGCCCAAGAAAGCUGCAAAGAAGGCGAAAGCUGCUGAUGAUGAAGAUGACGAAGAUGAUGAGAAGCCCAAGGCUCGUGGACGAGCGAAAGGUGGCGCCAAGGGCAAAGCAAAGAAAUAG